AUGGUCCAGGGUCUAGGGGAUUUUCCACCUAAGGUCACCGUCCUUGAGAAGAAAAGUAGUCCCGUAGAUAUCUACAAAAACAUGUCCUCUUCUAAUAUUGACAACUUGAAACUGGUGACCCGCCCGGACAAAGAGUCCUACGAGCGCACCCUUCGCCAAAGCUAUCAACAAUGGUCAUCAGAUUUCAUAAUUAGCGACACCCUCCCACUCGAAUGUAUUGAUCUCAAAGCUAUCCUCAAAAGCACACCUGCGUACCUAGGAGAUGGCCUGACACCGAAGGAGAAAAAGUACUCAUUUGCCUGUGUGGAGAAAUGGGGUUAUCUAAAAGCGAAGGGCCACGGAGAUAUUGUGGGUGUGGGAAUUCCCCAAGAGGUAUCAGUCUCCGAAAAUGCAACAUUUUCCCAGUGGCCUGGCGUUCGAGGGAUAUCUGGAUACGACAAGGGGAACUACAUUGCUCCGCUGGUUCUCGCUUGGGCGUAUAUUCUGUCUGCAAAGUGGGCUGAAUUGUUGGAAGAUUCCCAAAAGCAUAAGUGUACGACCAAAUACAUGAUAAGGAGCUCAGAGGAAGAGAGUUCAGACGAAGGGAGCCCAGACGACAAGAGCCAAGGAGACGAGAAAAACAUCGGGAUCGGGACGCCCCAGAAGAAUGUCAUUGAAGUCGAGAUACCGCCAGAUUCCAGUGAAGAUGAGGUUUUCUGGUGGAAUGCCGUGCUCGCUGGACACCCGGCCUGGCAGAUGGUGGUCGAAUUUAACUCAAGAUUAUUCUACUCGCCAUGGUUCAUCACUAUAACCGGCUCCACGGAAAUGGGUGUCAAUACAAAUGGUAUUCAUGAUCCAGUCUCUCCGCCCUCCUCGACAACAGCCCUACGUUAUCUGUCCAGAUUCUGUACUCAUCAUAGCCUCUACGCCCAAGCCACAGCAGCUCUAUCCGCCGUCAUUCUCAGUUGUCAACCCUUCAAACCAAACACCAUCCUCCCAAUUCCAAAACCACCAGAAAACUCUAAACAAGCAUCGAUGGCAACACAUCACAGCCCGUAG